GCUACCCAUGACGAAUACGUGGUCUACGGUCUACGCUCGUGGCUAAGCUGGCUAACCUCAACUUGGCUAACUUGGCUAACUUGGCUUACUUGGCUUACUGAUUUCGCAGAACUUUCCGAUUGCAAAAGACGGGGCCGGUCUUCUCAUUAGGCGAUUGAUCGAUUUAUCACGUAUAAUUUUUUCUGCUUCUUUCGCACAUUUUUCCUGUGGAGAAAUUUUACGGCAGAUGACGAAAAGAUGACGAAAUUCCAUCUUUUAAGGGACACCAGGUUAAAAUCCAGUCGAUUUAAAGAUUUUUCUUUAAAGUAGAAUAAUGACCACUGAUUUAGAAGCUAAGAUUGAAUUUAAACACGUAUGUGAUACAUUGGAAGGUAUUGCCAAGGCACAUGAAGUAAAAAAGAAAGAGCAAAUUUUGCAAACGUUCAUCGACGAAUGUCGAAAUAUCGGCGACAAACUGAAAGUAGAAUAUCCUGAAUCGGAUGUAUCGCUCUAUCCCAUAUUGAGAUUGAUUCUACCCAAUCUCGAACGACAGCGUGGACCGCAUAAUUUGAAGCAAGCUUCGCUGGCAAAUCUUUACGCUCACGUAUACGGUUUUGCACGAAAUAGCGACAGUUAUAAAAAGUUGGCAAAUUACCGAGAAUGCACGCCGGGCGACGUUGUAGGAAAUGAUUUCGCUGACCGAGCUUACUACGUAUUGGAUAAAAAGUUACCUCGACGUGGUACUGGAUUCACGAUCGCACGGAUCAACGCGUUCCUCGACGCUAUCUCUGAGAGAAACGUAACGAUGCAGCAAAAAGUUGAAACAUUUAGAGUACUUUUCCGACAAAUUACGGGAUUCGAGAUGAAAUGGCUUACGCGUAUCGUCCUUAAAGAUUUACGACUUGGCAUAGGAACGCAAAGAAUACUGCACAUCUAUCAUCCUGACGCGAAUGAUAAAUUUCUUGUAACGAAUGACCUGCGCGAGAUUUGUAACCAGUUAUACGACCCUAAGAUCAAAUUAAAAUGCGGCAUACGAUUAUUUUCGCAUUUUAAACCGAUGCUCUUGGAGAGAUGCAACAUUGAGAACAUCGGCAAGUUAUUUCGGGACAAUGACUUGUACUACGUACAAACUAAAUACGACGGCGAGAGGUCGCAACUCCAUAUGAAGGAUGGAACGUUUAAAUAUUUCACGCGUAGAGGAUACGAUAUUACAAAUAAUUCUGGAUACGGAAAAACUGGAUCUUCGGGUUUCUUAACCGCGGUAUUUACGCGAUGUUUGAAUCCGACGUGUCAUUCUUUUAUAUUGGAUGGAGAAUUGAUGGCUUGGCAUAAAGAGAAAAGAAUAUUUGGUACAAAAGGUAUGAAUCUCGACGUCAAACAUUUGUCGGCAAGUAGUCGUCACCAGCCGUGUUUCGUCGCGUUUGACGUGAUUCUCCACAAUAACGUCUUGCUUGUUGAUACACCUUAUAAAGAGAGAUUAAAACUUCUCAACGAUAUAUUCACCGAAGAGGAAGGUUCUCUAAUUGUAUGUCGAUCUACUUUAAUUUCAAACAGGGAGGAAUUGAUAGAGACAUUCAAUACAUGCCUUCGGAAUAACGAGGAAGGACUUGUCGUAAAGAAAUACAAUAUGAAAUAUAAACCAAAUAUCCGAGAUGGCAGCGGUUGUUAUAAGAUUAAAGCAGAGUAUUCCGACAAUUUAGUACAAGAUAUAGACCUCAUCAUACUCGGCGGUUAUUACGGGGAGGGCAAAUAUACAGGAAUAAUUAAAAGCUUUAUGAUGGGCGUUGCCGUUCCAGCGAACAACGAAGGAGAAAAUCCGUCGCAAUUUCUCUCUAUCGUAUCCGUAAGCACUGGAAUAAAAGAUGAAACGUUGCGUCAUCUUCAAACAAAACUUACGCCAUAUUGGAUCAAGGAACAUCCUGAAAAUAUCAUAGGCCCCAAGGGAAAUCAGCCAGAUGUAUGGAUUCAUCCAGAACAUUCCAUAAUUUUAACGAUACGAGCGACCGAGAUGGUACGCAGUAACGACUAUCCAACAGGGUACAGUUUACGAUUUCCUAGAGUUGUGAAUGUGAGGACAGAUAAGCCAUGGUACAGUCCAUGUACUACUGUCGAACUCUUAUCGUUGAUCAAAGAUGGGGGAAUGAUUCAGAAGUUAACCAAGCGGGAAGCCACUUUGUAUGAUAUCGACCAAGUACCGGUCUCUAAAUUACAAAAGACAAGACAGAGUCGAAGUAAAUCACGUGAACAUGACAUGUACAACAAGCGAGUAGUACCACUCACGCGACUAUUAGACAGAAAAGAAAUUUGUGUGAUUAAUGGCACCGAUGAAUUACCGAAAGAGCAGAUUGAAGAAAUACUGCAGCAGCAUAGCGCAAAAAUUGUUCAGAAUCCCAUGAAUACAACUUUCUGCGUGAUAGUAGGCAAUAAUAGAACGAUACGAGGGAAGGAAGUAAUAAACAGUCAAAAAUACGAUGUUGUAACUUUGGACUGGUUUAAACGUGUCACCAAUCAAUCCGACUGGGCUUCGUUAGACAGUUUUUUACCGUGGGAAUUGUUAUGCAGUCGGGACAGUACUAGACACAAAGUUGCAGAAAAUUAUGACGAAUAUUACGACAAUUUUUUUGUUGACGCAGAUGAAGAAAGUUUAAAGCGUUCACUCGGCAAGAUGACGAUUUUGGAGCUUGCGGACAACCAGUUUACCAGUGAGCAGGAAAAAGAGAUGGACAAGGAAUUAUUCGAGAGUACAUCGCCUUAUUCGCUGUUUAGAGAUAUAAUUGGAUUCUUUGCGAAUCGAUCGUGUUCUGCUAAAUUUAAAUUCCGUUUCAUGUCAGGUACAGUUAAAGACAACAUUGAUGAUUCCGUUACGCAUGCGUUUGUAGAAGACACAAGCGAGACGAGCACUAUUGUGAGAAACGUGAAUGCACAUGAGCAAACAUCUAUAAAAAUUGUCAAAUGUAAAUGGAUCGAGGAAUGUUUCCAAAAUGGCCGAAUAUGUGAAAUUACAGAUUAUCUGAUUGAUUAUUAAAGAUGUAUAUUGGUAUCUGAGAUGUGUGAUAAAAAAAACAAAUAUAGCAAAAGUUUCACAACUUGAAGAAAUGUUACAUGUGUAUUUUCGACGGAAACUUGCGAUAUAUUCAUAGGAUCGUUUUAACUCACAUUUUCGUAAAGCACUGAGAAACUAGGUACUAGACGGAGUGACAGUCGGACAGUUUGCUCAUUUAACAUCUUCUCGUUUCGAAAUAUUUCUUCUCGACUCGCGGCUAGGAGCCGCUACCCUUGCCCAUCCUCGUUUUAUUUCAUCGGAAUGCGCGCAAAAUACGAAAGGGACGCAGCUGCGCGACGUUCCCCUUACAAAGCCUGCCAUUCAGUGAGUUCUCGCAUAGAUUAACGUCGCGAGAAGAGAUCGCGGAAAGACUCGAGCCUCUAGAUUUUGAUUUCAACAAUCAUCGUUUUAAGAAUUAUAAUUUUGAAUUGGCGUAAAAGAGAAACAUAAAACAUAAAAAGGA